ACACACUCCCUCACACAUCUGUGCUGUGUAGAGCGGAGACACACCUGCAAACACAUACACUAGUGGAACCAGGGUAGAGACCGGACACACACACACACCUGUGCUUUGCAGAUUGGUGACACCUGUCCAGGAGGAGGACACACUCAAACUCACCUGGAAUAUAUACUUCACUCUCCUGCUUCACCUCUUUCCUGUCUCGACUCAAGGAACAACAGGCCCAUCAAUACAGAGAUAGUGCCACUCUACAUUCUCCAGCCUUACCCUAGCCCACCUUCCAGCCCUAUCUCUAGUUGCAGUGAUGGGAGCAUGUAGGAGUGUUUGGAGGUUGGGGGGCUGCGCCGGGGUGGUGUUGGCCUGGAUCGGGGCUCUGUUGCUGGGGUCCAGCUUGGCCCUGCCUCUCCCUGCCACCUGUCCUAAGGGAGUCUCUCCCUUGAACCUGAUCCAAACACAGUACCAGUCAAUCCCAGGAGCAGCAGACACAGGCUUCAUGUCCGAGGUCGUCCAGUCCUUCCUCCACACCGUCCAGCCCAACCCCUUCCCCAAAGAUCUGCUGGUUAAAUUAGUGGAGAAAAGUGGCAAUAUAUACAAUGACAAGAACACCAUCAAAGAGGUCCUUCUCUAUGAAGUUGGUUUCCUAGUGUGUGCUGCUAUAGGGAUCGUGUACAUUAUCCUUAUGCCCCUGGUGGGGUUCUGCCUGGCCUGCUGUCGCUGUUGUGGACACUGUGGAGGACACAUGUACCAGGAACAGACUAAAGCUGUCCACUGUCACAGGAGAGGAUUAUACUGGGCUACACUACUCACAACACUAGUCAUACUUGCAGGGAACAUCUGCAUGUUCUUCACUAACCAGUUACUCAAAGUGAGUGUUGAUGACAGCUCUGUAGAACUCAACAAUAACCUGGACAACCUUCAAACCUACCUCACCUCUGUCCCUAAGCAAAUUGACAGUGUGCUGAUAGAGGGCAAUAAGACAGUGGAUGAGGUUACCAGAAGCCUCAAUGACAUAGGUCCUCUGCUGGGCAGAGAGAUCCAGAGAAGUCUAGAGGGCCCCCUGAACCCUGCCCUGAAGUCUGUCAGAGAUAUAGCCAAAGUGGUGAACCGUACCAGUGUCCUGCUGGUGGAGUUGAACUCUACUCUAACCCAGCUCCAGUCUGAUGUGACUGUGGUCCAGGCGAAUGUUUCCUCUGUCAGAGACCGCAUCAACAGCACACUGAGAGACCCUGACUGUCAUUGGUGUUCUGCCUAUCAGUCAGAGCUAGAGAAACUAACAUUUGACACCACUAUCACUAUCCCCAGUCUGAAUGAGCUGCAGUGGGUUGUUGAUGACGUCACCAAGGCUAAUCUCAACUCAAAAGUGAAAGAGGGAGAAUACUUAUUUGCCAGUAUUCCCCAGAGAGUGACCAACGACACCAGGGACAUGGUACAGAAUGUGAAGCAGCAGCUUGAAGUCAUCAAGAGACAGAUCUCUUCGGUGAAGGGAUACAUCCCUGUCUCUGCCCUCAGCAACAUCUCACACACACUGGGAGAGGCUCAGAGAUACAUUGACAUGUACUCACCACAGGCAGAGUGGGUAGAGAUGAUCAGGUGGGGUGUGGGUAUUAUCCUGAGCUGUGUCGUUCUCCUGGUCGUAGUGUGUAACCUUCUGGGUCUGUUUUUGGGUCUGGUGGGACUGAGCCCUCAAGACGACCCGACAGAACGAUCCAGCACCGCCGACUGCGCAGGAACCUUCCUAAUGGCGGGUGCAGGGCUAAGUUUCCUGUUCUCCUGGCUCUUCAUGCUGGUGGUGUUUAUACUGUUUAUACUGGGAGGGAAUGUCUACACACUGGUCUGCCAGCCCUGGCGCAGUGGACAGCUACUACAGUUUGUUGACACUCCGGGCCUGAUACCUGGAUUCGAUUUAAGAGAGAUGCUGGGCCUGAAGAGCAACCUGUCUUUCGUUGAAGUAUACAAUGAAUGUGAACAGAACAGGCCUCUAUGGACAACCCUCCACCUGUAUGAACGUAUAGACCUCAAUGAUCUACUCAACGUGUCCAAAUACAAAGAAGAGAUUCAGCAACACUUUGACAGUAAUGAGAUCAAACUGCCUACCAUCACCCUGCUCACACCCGAGACACGCAAACAGCUACACAGCUUCUCUGACAUGGUCCAUGAUGUUGACAUAAGCUCUGUCACACAGCAGAUCAACGUUAUUUCCAGCAUUAAUCUGACAGAAAUAGCAGGCAUGUUAGACCAACUUGCUGCUGUUCAAACUAACACAGGUGUUCAAUAUCAGCUGACACAGGAGGCUGAAGGCCUGAGAGGGAUCCAGUCAGACAUUGUCACUACCAUCAUCCCACAACUGACUCAGUUGAACUCCAACAUAUUUGCCCUCAGUGUCAUAGCAUCAGAGAUCAAUGGCACAGUAGGAGAUGUGUUAAAUAAAGUGGGAACAGCUCAAGACUUCCUCAACACCAACACUACACAGAUAGUCAAGGCCGCGAGUAGGGAGUUCCUAGACUGUCAGAUGGGGUACUUCACGAUGUAUGCUGACUGGGCUAACCUCACGAUCACUCAACAGAUUGGUCUCUGUGGCCCAGUGGCAGAAGCUGUGGACUCAGCGAAGGUUGUAGUCUGCUCAAAUAUGAUGGAGUCUCUGAAUGCGUUCUGGUUCAGUCUGGGCUGGUGUAUGAUCUUCCUGGUCCCCAGCAUCAUCUUCUCCAUCAAACUGGCCAAGUUCUACAGGAGGAUGAAGCACAGCGAUGUCUACGAAAACCACAUAGCCAAGAACAUCCUCCCCCGAGCCCAAGUCAAACCCUACUGAGCUGGGGGAAAGAGAGGACUGGCAAGGGUUGUAACUGCUCUCAGGGAAUAGAACCAGGGCUCUGCCACCCCACCCUGACAGAGGGACAUGAAUGGGUCGAACGCUACAUGUACCACCUGAAUAAUGAUAUAUCAUAAUAUAUAUGAUAUAUCAAAUGGGGUAGGUACAAGUUGCCGGCUUCAACAUAACGUCUAUAAUCAUGUCAUUGUGUUGUUUGUCUACAAUGUCAUUGACUUUUUAAAAAUUUUUCAUAUAUAUUUUUUCUUCGAAAUGAAUGAUAUUGAUUGAAAUAUUUGAUUCUGCAAUGAUACAAUUUUGUACCAGACAAUGAGUAGGAUAUGUGUUACGAAGCACUUUAGUAGGUCUGUUUAUAUAGGAAAAACAUUUGACAUGCAUUGUGCAAACUACUGUGAUUAAAGAUUUACUAUUGAUAGAC